UGGCUGUUGAAAAAAACUGGAUCUCUGUACCUGAUAUAUCUGGUAUAUCUCGGUUUCGACCCAGUCAUCGAAAUGAAGUUCGUCAGGUUUAUAAUGAAGAAUGCUGCAUUAGCCAGUGCGCCUCAACACAUCGAACACUUCUCAAAAUUUUCACCUUCUCCACUUUCUAUUAAACAGUUUUUGGAUUUUGGUUCUACCAACGCAUGUGAGAAAACCUCUUUUGUUUUCCUGAGACAAGAGCUGCCCGUGCGUCUGUCAAACAUCAUGAAAGAGAUCAACUUGCUCCCUAAAAUAUUACUUACCACGCCUUCUGUACAAAUGGUUCAAAGCUGGUAUGUACAGAGUUUGAUGGAGAUCUUGGAUUUCUUGGAGAAAAGUCCAGAUGACCAAAGUGUAUUAGAAGAGUUUGUGAAUGCUCUAGUCAACAUCCGAAACCGGCACAAUGAUGUUGUACCCACUAUGGCCCAGGGUGUGAUUGAAUAUAAAGAAGUAUUUGGUCAAGAUCCAGUCACUAAUCAGAAUAUUCAGUAUUUCCUGGACCGUUUCUAUUUGAGUCGGAUAUCAAUCAGAAUGCUCAUCAACCAGCACACUCUUGUAUUUGAUGGUGCCACAAAUCCAGUUCACCCUAAUACCAUUGGCAGUAUAGACCCUUAUUGUCAGGUGGCAGAAGUUGUUAAAGACGCAUAUGAAAGUGCCAAGAUGCUGUGUGAUCAGUACUACCUCAGCUCACCUGACCUGGUGCUUCAAGAACUUAACACUAAUAACAGGAACCAGCCUAUUAACAUAGUGUAUGUGCCUUCCCAUCUGUACCAUAUGCUAUUUGAACUGUUCAAGAAUGCAAUGAGGGCAACCAUUGAGAACCAUAAAGAAGGCUGUAAUCUUCCACCCAUUCAAGUUAUGGUGGCCAUAGGAGGAGAGGACCUCACUAUCAAGAUGAGUGACCGAGGUGGUGGAGUUCCUUUCAGGAAGAUGGAGAAUCUCUUCAGUUACAUGUACUCUACGGCACCAAAACCCCAGAUGGAUGAUAAGCAAAGGGCUCCCCUGGCUGGGUUUGGUUAUGGUUUGCCCAUUUCUCGACUCUAUGCCAAGUACUUCCAGGGUGAUCUUCAGCUGUACUCUAUGGAGGGCCAUGGCACUGAUGCAGUCAUUCACCUGAAGGCUUUAUCCACGGACUCAGUCGAGAGACUCCCAGUGUUUAAUAAGACAGCUCGACGGAACUAUGAAGUCACGCAGGGGGCAGAUGACUGGUGUGUCCCCAGUCGAGAACCUCUGGAUCUGGCCGUGUUCAGACUGGCCAAGUGAAAAGGAGCAGCCUCCAGGAAGGAUAUAGGACAGUUCUAUGACAUAGUGAACGGGGUUGGCCAUAGUGUCUACAUGGCUGAGUCCCAGCUCACCACUCACUGUGAUGCCUCAGCAAUACCUUAGGUAUCGCAUGUGGUUGGUUUUCCUCUGAACCAUGACUGUUUCAUUCGCCUUUUUUUCGGUUUGAGAAACUAGGCUCUGUCACAGUGUUACCUGCAAACCUUACUGACUCAUAUGAAGUGGUACAAAGUGCCAAGUUAAUCUGCACUGAAUUGCUCUUCCUUUAUUGGAAGACUGUUAAGUGGAAGUUCCAGUGUGGCGAAGUGAGCCAUACGGACAAUUUACAGAGGUCCUGCUCACUGCAUUAGAGGAAAGGGCCAUUUAGACUAGUGGAACCAGCACAGAACAACAGGCUUGUGCCAAGACAUUUAAGAACACAUGAAUUCAGAGAUCAAGGGCCAGGAUCGAGUGAUAAAACCAAUAUGCAUCCCAUGAUGGACUAUUUAUGUUAAAGUCUACUAGAAGAGCACGUUGCACUGCAUUAGUAAUGCUGAAAUCAAGGAACACAACAUAACUUUGAUUGCUGCUGUAGGAGUAUUCCUAUUCAGAAUGGCCAGAAGAGAAAGAGAUCAUUGGAGGCCAUAAUUGUGACUGUAUGAGUGUGUGGCCAAAUAUGUCAAUUUGAUCUCUGGCCUUUUCCUUAUACUACAGUUUAAGGCACUAGAAGGGGAUCAUAGAUGUAAAUGUGUUCAGAAGCAGUUAGAAUGUACCAGUCAUCUCAUUGAUUUAAACUUGAAAUACUUACAAUUUAUAUGCACCUAGCAUUUCAAACACAGUGUUUUGUGCAUGUUUAUUCUUAAACAUGCGGAAGCAUUUUGGAUACCUCAUUGACUGACGUUAGUUUGCGAACUCAACAACCUUUGCUCAGCUGUUGGCUUUUUCAGUUUUGUGGGCCUGUGGCCACUAGUUCUCUGCGAAUAUUAUACAGCAUGAAAUCAGAGCUUCUAAUUUUAAGCCAUCUCCUUUGAGAGCAUGCCUAUACUGUAUUAAACCAACCAUCUGCUUUGAACUUGAACUGUACAACCUUACAUGUAAGGACCAUAUUUUGUGUAUUUAUAUUUUUGUUUUUGUCGUGUUAUGCUUGAAAAUCCAAA